CAAAUCGUGGUCUUCUGUUUGACUGUCGUAGGUAAGGUGUUGUGUCGACGAAAUAUUUCAAAACUUUUAGGCGUACCUGUGGCCUUUGGGGCCAGAACAAGAAGAAGGAUACGAAGUAUGAUACUUUUUCCUUCAUGAAGUUAAAGAAUCAAGGAGAUUUACGAACGUUUUCGACGAUUUUUUUGGCGUAAAAUUACACGGACGCGAAUAUUGCCAACGCGCAGCCAUCUUGUGACRACUACUUUGGCCAAGAAACCUUGAAUUAAGCAUGGCUCAACUCGACGAAAACCGUAAAUGGACUCAAGAUGAAAUCAUUAACAAUACKAAGAACGUUGUUCGAGGCUUAGAGACUCUAAAGAGCGAACAUUCUACGAUUUUAUCCACUCUUUCUUCGGAUUGUAAAGACAACAAGAAGAGCGAGAAGUCUGAGAUAGAAGAAGCUAAGGCUGGAUUAGUUCAAGAAUCGCUUGACAAGUUAGAAUUAGGGUUAGGCGAGGCACAGGUACUUAUGUCAUUAUGUAGUCACUUAAGCACAGUGGAGGCRGAGAAGCAGAAGCUGAGAGCACAAGUCAGACGACUGUGUCAAGAAAAUGCUUGGCUAAGAGAAGAGCUCUCUGUAACACAGCAAAAACUACAAGAAAGUGAACAGAAAGUAGCAACGCUGGAAGAGGAGAAAAAACACCUGGAGUUCAUGAAUUCCAUUAAAAAAUAUGAUGACGACAGACAUGAUGAAGGAAUUGAGAAUGACAUGUGCAGCGAUAUAAUGUCACAAGAUGAAGAAGAAGCAGAUGUGGAUGAUGAGACACUAAGUCAGACGUCUACAGCAUCAGCAAGCACRUCAGGUGUAUAUGAAAUCCCUGCAAGACUGCGAACCCUGCAUAACUUAGUCAUACAGUAUGCAUCACAGGGUCGAUAUGAGGUAGCUGUGCCUCUUUGUAAACAAGCUUURGAAGACUUGGAGAAGACUUCAGGACAUGAUCACCCAGAUGUUGCAACAAUGCUUAACAUUCUGGCCUUGGUUUACAGAGACCAGAACAAGUACAAAGAAGCAGCCAAUCUCCUUCACGAUGCUUUGACGAUACGAGAAAAGACUCUAGGCGAAGAUCAUCCUGCUGUUGCUGCAACUCUCAACAAUCUAGCCGUGCUGUAUGGUAAACGCGGCAAGUACAAAGAUGCUGAGCCAUUGUGUAAGAGAGCUCUGGAGAUAAGAGAAAAAGUGUUGGGUAAAGACCAUCCUGAUGUAGCAAAGCAACUGAAUAACUUGGCAUUACUUUGUCAGAACCAGGGCAAAUAUGACGAGGUUGAACAGUAUUACCAACGUGCCCUUGAGAUAUACACCACAAAACUAGGACCAGAUGAUCCGAAUGUUGCCAAGACCAAGAAUAAUCUGGCAUCAGCUUACUUGAAACAAGGAAAAUAUAAGGCAGCUGAAACCCUAUACAAACAGGUUCUAACCCGUGCGCACGAAAGAGAAUUCGGUACAUCAGGUGAACUCGAUGAUGACGGUAAACGCGGCAAAGACAACGCCCCUUACGGAGAGUAUGGCGGUUGGCACAAGGCAGCUAAAGUAGACAGCCCAACAGUGACGACAACUUUGAGAAAUCUUGGUGCCCUCUACCGCAGACAAGGCAAAUUCGAGGCGGCAGAAACCCUGGAAGACUGUGCGCUUAGAUCUCGACAAAGCGUAAAUGCCCUAGACGUAGUACGACAGAAGAAAGUCGCCCAGCUUCUCGCAGAGGAAAGCGGUUCCUACCCAAACAGCCUGUCCACUUCCAGUUCCUCGCUAAACAGCAGCAGUAGCACCAGGGGCAUCCCUGAUGAUAAAGACGACGACAGGAAGAAUGGAAAACGGGAGAAAACAUUUUCCCGCCUUAAACGCACGCUCAGUAGCCGCGGACAAAAGUUGAUGGAAAAGAUGGGCGCAUCCGGGACGAGGCUCCAGCGGUCGUCCUCCCGAGACAACUUGGCCCARCAUGCAAAGCUGUCGCAAUCAUCACGCAUAUCUAGAAGCACUCCAAUGCUUGCGCAGCCAAUGUCAGAGAUGUCUAAUCGUGAUCGAUCAAAUUCAAUGAGAAGGUCACUAAUUGACUAACCCUUUAAACAGGCGCGGGACAAAUUGUUAGAAUCUUAUAUAACUAACCUUAAUUGGUAACAAAUUUUUAUUUGAUGCUGUAUUAUUUAUUGAUAUUAUAAUCGUUCAUUAUUCAAUAUAUUGUUGGACAUUAAUGGCACCACAUCCGAGCCAAUCCUAACUCGUUCUGUAAUCAGAAUCGAUUUACUUAUAACAACCUUUUAAGUCUACAUUACRUGUAACAUACAGGAUGUGAAAGGCAUAGUUGACCAUUAAUUCCUUGAUAAACAUAUCAAAAUUAUAGAUAAAUAUUUAAAAUCAUGACUUUYAAAAACGUAUAAUCUUCCGGUUGCUGUUUCCUUGCAUCUAGGAAUGUACGAUASAAUGUUGGAAUCCUAUGAAAUCGCGUUUUUUUCAUGAGAAAAAAAGUUGAAAGACUUGUAUGAUAAUAAAUGAAUUAAACACAAAUAUGUGAAUUUAUUAUGA